AUGAGUAUAAUUCUACCGCUCUCUUUCCGUCCCGUUCGCGAGAGGGCUUACGAGAUGUUCCUCGUCCUGCACAUCCUACUCGCUGCUGCCACCCUCAUCCUCAUGUACUACCACGUCUUGGACUUUGGGUACCUGGCCUGGAUCUGGGCGUGCGUUGGAUUGUGGGCUUUCGACCGAUUUGUCCGUCUCGUGCGCAUCGCUCUGCUCUCGUACCGCACGCUUGGGGACGAGAACACCGUUGCGCGAAUGACGGCUACCGGCGGCUUGAUUCGAGUCAGCGUCCGCGCAUCGGGACCGUUCAAGCCCAAGCCCGGGCAGUACUACUUUCUCUACGAACCGCGCAGCUUGACGCCCUGGGAGAACCACCCCUUCACGCUCGCCUCAUGGAACACUACUGGCCGAGGUACGGAACUCGAGUUCCUUGUAGCUCCAAUGAAAGGCUGGACGCGGCGGCUGCAGCGUCGUAUCGACCGCGCAAACGGGCCAGCACGCAUGCGUCUCCUUCUCGAAGGUCCGUACGGCCACGAAGCUGAUUUGACGGGAUUCGAACACGUCCUCCUCGUCGCUGGUGGGAGCGGCAUCACAGGCGUCCUGCCGUACCUCUUUGCCUUGGGACAGAGUGAGCGGAAACGCAAGGUACACCUCGUUUGGGCGGCACGCACUGCCGAAUAUGCCGCCGACGUUCUCUCGAACGAGCUGAUACCCGCGAAACGGGAACAUGCUUCUCUUCAGCUCCACUUUACCCGCGAUGCGGCCACGCCUGCUGAGCUCGUGAAGGUGAUCAGCCAGACCGAGCCGUCCACUCCAACGGACAGCAGCGACAAGAGCGACAAGGACGACCAAUCCAGCACCGACGCCACCGAUGGCACAUCUGCUAAGGCCAAGCCUCGCUCGGGAUCGGCGAUUUACACGUACCGACCCGAAAUGCGCACCAUGCUCGCUGAAGCUGUGGCUGACGUAGUCGGCGGGGAGCGAUUGGCCGUACUCGUCUGCGGACCCUUUGCAAUGUGUGAUGACUUGCGCCAGGCCGUAGUUGACACCUAUGGCCAGGGUCCUGGACAACUUCCGGCGGCACAGUUGUCGUACUUCGAGGAGGCGUUCGGGUGGUGA